AUGGAGGAACAGUUUGACGGAACCGAAGACGAUGUCUUUGGAGCUAAUGGAUACUUUAUGAGAGAGGUUGAUGCAAGUGGAUCCGGUAAUGGACAGUUCGAAAUGACGACCUCUUCGUCGAACAAUUCCUACAUCAAAGAUGGAAUGCUCUAUCUCGUACCGACACUCACUGAGGACGUCAUAGGCGAAGACAAUGUAUUCAACGGAUACAUCUACAACCUCACGGACUGCACGUUCAAUGUGACACAACCAAACGACGGGUACCUUAUUACAGGUGAUGGAACAACUGCAGGCUCUAGGACUUUCGAUUAUUCAGGCUAUUACCGUUCUUGCAGCGCCACCUCGAACUCCUCAGUCGGCGCUGUUAUCAACCCAGUCCAGAGUGCACGUGUGAGCACGCUCCUCAGUGCACGAGGGGGACGCGGGGGAAGUCUCAAAUAUGGUCGAAUCGAAGUCCGGGCGAAAAUGCCUUCUGGAGACUGGAUGUGGCCUGCAAUUUGGUUGCUUCCGAAAGACAACGUGUAUGGUGAUUGGCCACGGAGCGGUGAGAUAGACAUGGUCGAAGCGAGAGGGAACGGAAUACGGUAUACUGCCCGCGGAUCGAACUACGUUCAGGGUUCUCUGAAUUGGGGCCCAACCCCAGCGUUGAAUUCCGUGGAUAAAUCCUUCUCUUGGUGGACAUUCCGUCGAGAAUCGUUCAGCUCGAAGAUGCAUACAUAUGUGCUUGAGUGGACGGAUGAAUUUAUCCGGAUCUAUGUUGACACGCGGGCUCAUACGCUGCUGUCGUUCAAGUUCAAGAAAUCUUUCUGGGACCUUGGUGAUUUCCCGGGUACGAUCACAUCUGACGGGCAGCAGGUGCCAUUGGAGAACCCCUGGGCCAAUGGGACGUACCUGGCGGCACCAUUUGAUCAAGAUUUUUAUCUGAUCAUGAACGUCGCAGUUGGGUCGACUGGAGGUUGGUUCCCGGAUGGGCAGGGCAAUAAGCCUUGGUUGAAUGGUGCUGCGACUGCUAUGCGAGAUUUCGCGAGAGCGAAGGAGUUGUGGUACCCGACGUGGCCCGAGAACCUCGAUGAUAGGGGAAUGGCUAUCGACUACGUGAGGAUGUACAAGCAUUGCUCCGAUUCAUAA